AUGGGCGGCGGGGCGCGGGAGCUGGCCGGGUACCUGGCGGCGCUGGCCGGCUGGGUGGCAGGGCUGGCGGCCGCCGUGCUGCCGCAGUGGCGGCAGAGCUCGUACGCCGGGGACGCCAUCAUCACGGCCGUGGGGCUCCACGAGGGUCUGUGGAUGAGUUGCGCCGCCCAGAGCACCGGGCAGGUGCAGUGCCGCCUGCACGACUCGCUGCUCUCCCUCGAAGUUCACAUCCAGACAUGCCGGGCUCUCAUGGUCAUUUCUCUCCUCCUGGGCUUCUUUGGCAUCAUCAUGAGCGUGGUGGGCAUGAAAUGCACUAAAGUUGGGGAGGAGGAUCCGGUCACCAAAAGCCGCGUAGCUGUUGCUGGAGGUAUUCUCUUCGUUCUCUCUGGUCUGUGCACACUGGCUGCUGUGUCGUUGUAUGCAACACAGGUGACCCAUGAGUUCUUCAGCGAGAGCACCAUCCCCAUCAACGCUAGGUAUGAAUUCGGCUCUGCUCUCUUCGUGGGCUGGGGGGCCGCCAGCCUCUCCAUGUUGGGGGGGUCUCUCCUGUGCUGCUCCUGCCCUGCCAAGGAGCGCCGAGGACAGCAGUACCAUCAGCAGUCACAGCCCUCCACAGCCCGGGAGUUUCAACACCAUUUUCAGUGCCAGCCUCUAAAGUAAAGGUUUCAAGUGUCACACCUCUCAUAUCCAUCAUUGCCGUGUUCUCCUCAGCUGAGCGGGGUGGUACUCCCAGCCCCACAUUGAGGCCACGCCAUGUUUGUCUGUCUGUCACAGUGAUUCUGUGUGGGUGAUGCAGGGAGGCUGAUGCCAGUGGCACAGGGGCACAGAGCCAAUUGGCCAAUCCCACAGGGGUGUGCUGCACAGAAGUGCUUUGUACCAUGGCCCCUCUCUCACGUCAUGUUUUCAGGAGCAAGUGAGGAGGAAAGCCAGUGUUUGGUUUUCCUUGGGUGAAGUUUUUACUUCUAACAGCACCAGCCCAACUCGGGGUUCAAGCAUCCCCACACCCCAUUCUUGGCAGAGGGAUGCUUUUAGGGUGCAGCAUUACCCUGCCUCAUUGCUACUGAAAAGCAACCCUUUAAAAUUAUUAUUAAUUAUUAUUGAUUUCUGCCUGGAGGCCAGUUGCUCCAGCUGAGCUCUGCCAGCCCAAACCUGCCUUGGACUCAUUCCUGUCCAGGACCAGGCUAUGCCUUGUUAAACAAUAAAUGAGUUUGGGCAAAUUAAAGCAGCAAAAAGGAGGUCUGAACAUAAAUUAUUUCGUUUUAGUUUUGGUGUCCAACACAACCACAACUAUUUUGAGUAGCAGAUGGACAGAGCCCUGAAUUUUGGUGCCUCCCUGCUGGGUCCAAAUCCCUCUGACACCCCUCUUCC